AUGCUUGACAAAGAUGCCAAAGUGCGUGAAAUGCGUCGUGAAAAUCAUUUAUUAACAUCAAAAAUUCAAUUACUUGAAAAUCAAAUGGAACAUUUAAAUGAUCGUGUUGAUCGAACAUUACGUGAGCGAAGUCAACUUCGUCGAGAUGUUAAUAGUGUUAGAUUAGAUAGUAAUGUUUCAAUUGAAACGAGUUCUCGUUCUUCACCAAUUUUACCUUCAACAAGGUCAACAACUUUUAUUGAUUCAACAGGAUGGACUCAACCUGUUUAUUAUACAGAAUCAUUUGGUUUUAAUAAUGAUCCUCAGUGUGAAACACUUGCUGUUUCUUAA